CACAGAAAGGAAUACAAAAUAUGCGGAAAGCGUAUGCAGGAGAAAACAAAAUUACUAAAGCAAAUUUAAUAUUGGGUUGGGUAACAUAGUGGACCUUGAACACUUCCAGCCAGUGUCUUUAUUUCUCUGUAACCUGCAGUUGUAACAAGCCUUUCCUAAACUAUGUGGCUGUAUACCUUAUUGGAGGUUUUGGAUACAAAGGGAUUGCUGUUUUUCUUCUUUGUAUUUCUUCUUAUUAUAGACUUCCAGAAGAGCAAGAACCCCCCUAAUUUCCCACCAGGGCCCUGGGGCCUGCCAUUUCUGGGAAAUGUCUUCAACAUCGACAUUAAACAGCCACACAUUUACCUGACCAAGCUUGCCACUGUGUACGGAGAUGUCUACAGCAUUCGCCUGGGCAGAGGCAAGACGGUGUUUGUGACAGGCUACAAAAUGGUUAAGGAAGCAUUGGUAACUCAGGCUGAGAAUUUUGUGGACAGACCUCACGGUCCCUUGUGUGAAAGAAUAUAUUCAGGAAAUGGCUUGUUUUUCAGCAACAGUUACAAGUGGAAAAAACAAAGAAGAUUUGCUCUCACCACCCUCAGAAACUUUGGAUUAGGAAAGAAAACCCUUGAGUCAGUCAUUGUUGAGGAGAACAGAUUCCUCCAAGAAGAGCUAGAACGAGAGAAAGGUCAGCCUCUUGACCCACACAUGCUUCUCACCAGUGCUGUGUCCAACAUUAUAUGCCAUCUGGUCUUCGGACAUAGAUUUGAUUACAGUGAUGACAAAUUCCAAACAUUGCUGAAGUUGCUGUCUAAAACACUUCACCUGGAAGGUUCUAUAUGGGCCCAGCUGUAUGAGGCCUUUCCUUCUGCGAUGAAGGUUCUUCCUGGACCACACAAUGCCAUCUUCAGUUACAAUGAAAAGCUGUUUGCCUUUGUGAAAGAGGAGAUGGAGAAACACAAGGAGGAAUGGAAUCCAUCAUGCCCCCGAGAUUACAUUGACUCCUUCUUGACUGAGAUAAAAAAUAAUGCUGAGGACCCUGCAGCUGGAUUCAAUGAGACCAACUUGAUCUUCUGUGCUUUAGACUUGUUUCUGGCUGGUACUGAGACCACAUCCACCACUCUGCGCUGGGCCCUACUAUAUAUGAUCAAAUACCCAGAGAUAGCAGAAAAGGUCCGGGCUGAAAUAGACAAAGUUAUAGGACAGUUACGCCACCCCACCAUGGCUGACAGAGUAAAUAUGCCCUACACUGAUGCCGUUAUCCAUGAAAUCCAGAGGAAGGGAAAUAUCGUACCACUUGGUGGUCCGAAGAUAGCCAGCAAAGAUACCAACCUGGGAGGAUACUUCAUUCCAAAGGGGACAGCAGUGAUUGGAAACUUGACUUCAGUGCUGUUUGACAAGAGUGAAUGGGAGGCUCCUGAAGACUUCAACCCUGGGCAUUUCCUAGACACCAAUGGUAAAUUUGUGAGACGGGAUGCAUUCUUGCCCUUUUCAGCAGGGAGGAGGAUUUGCCUAGGAGAGCAACUCGCAAAAAUGGAGUUGUUUCUAUUCUUCACCUCCCUUUUCCAGAAAUUCAACUUCUCCCUUCUCCCAGGAGUGGAGCCGAGUGUCGAAGGGCGAAUUGGAGCCACCUUAACACCACUACCAUUCAAGAUCUGUGCAACCCCACGUUAAUGGCAGUAUAGAGUUGAGAUUCGUUAUACUGCCAAGUGUUUUUAUUUAAUACACAUCAGCAUUAACAGACUAUAGUGUAUCUGCUACGAAUGCGGUCAGGAUCACAAAAACUUUGCAAAGGAAUAUGUGUGCAAAUUAACAUCAUGCAAUUAAUGUAACACCUGCUACUUUUAACAACUCAUUUAAAAAAUAGUGAAAAUGCAUGAAAUUAAUUCACUAAGCAUAAAUCCUCCAUAAAUAUAUUCAUAUAAUGUUCACACACACACAGUCUGAAACUGCUUGUCCCAUGGUUGCAGCAAA